AUGGCGUUUACCAAGCCGUGCGAAUCUACGGCCUACUUAUCUGCCUGCCUGCCUACUUGCCUGCCUGCCUACUUGCCUGCGAUAACCCAAGCCGCGCACACAAGGAGUAGUCGUUGCCAUACCAUGCAUUAUCGGGCUUUUCCCGAGCAAGCAACGAAGUCAACGAACACUUUCGAGCAACCGUUGCACCUUUGGAGAGCAACGCAACUCCAGAAGGUGAAACACACACAUGCGUACAUACAUACAUACGUAAAAAAAUACGCCGUGUACGUAGCCCCUGCAUCGACUAACAUGUGUGCCUAA